AUGUGAUCGGCUAGGAUCUUAAGCGACGGCAAAUCCGGUCGCCCAACCUCAUCGACAGGCAAGUGAAACACUUGAAAGCCUGGAGGUCCUUCUGCUUUUCUAAUCGACCUUGACCCCAUGACUGAGGUUACCGUUCAUUCUGCUAGUUGACAAUGGCACCAACAAUCUCGCCUGACAACUCUCCGCCACAUCCCGAAGGCGCGGUACGCACCAAACAGUACAAUCCCGAUGCAACUCUCGUAUUGGUCGGGUUUGUCGGCGCGGGCAAGAAGACGCUGGGAAUCAUCGCAUCUGUCGCACUUCGCCGCCGCUUGAUUGACUUCAAUACCGUGUUUUGCCAGGAGGUGCACGCUUCGCCCCAGGAGUACAUAGCACAGCAUGGAGCUGCGCUCUACCGAGAAGUAGAGUUAAAGCUGACGCAACGACUUCUGACACAGCAUCAAUCAGGGUGUGUGAUUGUUGGUUUGGGGUGGCUGGCUACUCGUCAACAGCAAGAGCUACUCAAUAGCUUUGCCCAAAGGCAUCCUGUCGUCUACAUCAGGCGAGAUCGAUCGGAGCUGCAACGGAAUAUCAACAUCAGCAAGGACAAAUUUGUUCAUUUGUACGAAGUUGGAAACCCAAUCUUCGAGGCUUGUUCCAACUUCGAUUUCUUCAAUCUCACCCAAGACCUGGAAAACUGGGACGGCAUGCCAGCGGCUGCCCAUAUGCGACUCAAGAAAGCGGGUAGUGUGUUCAUCGCCUUCCUGGAGCGCAUCUAUGGCCGAGACACUAGCGGCGUAUAUUCAGCAAAUCCAUUUACCGCGCUUCAUACGCAUGCUUUGCAGCUUCCUGUAAGCUGGUUAGAAAAGGGAAAAGUAGAUCACGAGCAGUUGGACAGCGGUGCAGAUGCCGUAAACAUCUUAAUCGACAUUGAUCCAAAGCAUGGAGUGCCUGAGCUGGCUGAACGCUUGGCAAAGCAUAUAGCUAUUCUCAGGAUGUACGCAAGAGUCCCGGUAUUUGUCGAGGUCGCUGCUUCACAGCAGACAGAGCUGGUAAGCUCUGACAAAUUCUUGAAGCACCUUCUCAGACUAGUGCCGGAUGUUCUUGUCUGCUCUCUCAGCUGCCCUUCAGAACUCUUGAGGGAACUCGCCGACACCAAAGGCUCAAUUCGGAUUAUUGCUGCAUACCACAUACCUCGUCCGUUGUCACUUUAUGACCGGUCAGCGGAUGCUUUUGAGCUGCUUAAACGAGCGGAGAAUCUUGGUUGUGAUGCCCUGCGACUCACUGGAGAGUCAAGAGAUGAGACUGAUAAUCUGGCUUGCAUCUCGCUACGUCAUGGCUUAGCCGAAAAGGCUAAGUUUCCAAUCAUUGCCUAUAACACGGGGAACACGGGUAGAUCUAGUCUCUGUUUGAAUCCGAUUCUGUCGCCCGUAGUACUACCCUGCUGUCGCAGCGAGGGAAUCUCUCUCCAGUCGGCCGAACAAGCUCUUGCGGCCUGCUUCAUGACUCCCAAAAAGCUGUUCACAAUUUUUGGUCGGAACGUGGCACAAAGUCUCUCGCCAGCGAUGCAUAAUGCUGCCUAUACUGCCUGUGGGCUACCACAUCAAUACAGCAGCGUACAAUCUGGAGUUCUCCGUGAGGUCAAUUCACUACUGAGCGAUGGCAAACAUGGUGGUGUUGCGAUCUCCUUGCCGUUCAAGACCGAAGUCCUCCCCCUUUUAGACGAAAUCAGUCAUGAAGCAAGGGACAUCAAGGCAGUCAACACGGUAGUCUUGGAGCAGAUCAAUUCAGAGACAGGACACCGCACCACAAAGCUCAAAGGGUACAAUACAGACUAUAUCGGUAUCAUGGCUGGAAUUGAAAAAAAUUUGUCGCCGGCAAAUGCCAUUCGCGCUGGUACGUCGGCCUUGAUUGUUGGAGCCGGUGGUAUGGCUCGGGCUGCGGUCUACGCUUGCUUGCAGCUCGGUGUGCGGCAUAUCUGUCUCUAUAACCGAACAGCUUCUCAUGCAGAGAGGCUCGCAGAAUCCUACCGUCACUGGGCUGCGUCGUCAGAUACACCUGCUGACCUUCAGAUUGCGGUCUUGUGUUCCACAAAGGAGCCUUGGCCUCAGCAUCUGCGGCAACCUACCAUCAUUGUGGCUUGUCUACCUGCACUCGAAAUAGACAGUCAGUCACCCGUACAGCUGCUGUUGCCAGAACAGUGGCUGCAGAGUACCACGGGCGGGGUUUUUGUGGAUGUCGCAUACGGGAGGUAUCAGACGCCAUUACGGGCGUCAAUGAAUGAUCGGACCACUCAAGGGUGGAUAGUUGUCGAUGGAUUGGUGAUUCUCCUGGAGCAGGGAAUUGCUCAAUAUGAACUCUUUACCAAGCGGCCGGCACCGGUACAUGUUAUGAGACGCGCGAUUCAACAACAAUCGCGAACGUCCUGUCCUAACUCGCCCAGUAUCUCAUGAAUGAGGCCCACUCGGGAUGAUCUUAUUCUCUGCCCAGUUAUACAAGAGUUGCUGAGUCCAGUCA